GAUGACUUUGCGCUUUUUGGCUUGGCGGAGGGCACGGAAGUGGCAUGGAACUUUCGCGAGUCUGCGACAUGUUAAGGCAGGUUCAAAGCACCUUGUGGAGGGGUCAAGCCGAGAUGGAAAGGUGGAUUCUCGCAGCUGCAGCGUGAACAUCUCCUCUUUGGGCCGGAGCUCGGUGUGGCAAGACAUUUGCCAGCUUCUGGAAGCUAUGCCUGGCCUAUUGGUUCACCCGAACGUUUUCAGUUACACGGCUGCGAUCAGCUCAUGCAGAAGAGGUGCACAUUGGCAAGUGGCUCUUUGCUUCUUCGGUGCCAUGCAAGACAACCUAACCAUCAACCUGCCCCCUGGGUCGGCCUUGGAUGGUAUUGUGGUCGCGCUGAAACCCAACGUUUUCAGUUUCAACGCUGCCAUCAGUUGCGCCGCUGACGGGGUGCAGUGGCCACUGGCACUGGGGCUCUUAGAAGCGAUGCCCACGGCGGAAGUUAUAAGCUUCAAUGCGGCCAUUGCAGCGUGCGACAAGGGCAAUGAGUGGCAGUUCAUUGAGUAUCGACAGUGCCUGAAGAUCAGUGCCGAUCAGGCAAGCAUUGCUCUUGUUUGCUUUAACUCGACCAUCAGCGCCUUUGCCGGCGAUGGAUCGACGCCUUGGGAGCGAGCGCUUGAGCUUUUCACGGCCAUGGCAGUGGCAGAAGUGCAGCAGGAUGUCAUCAGUUUCAACUCCACCAUGAGUGCCUUGCAGCUGGGCAGCCAAUGGCAGCGGGGCCUCAACCUCUUCGCCCAGCUGACGAUGCGGUCCGCAGCGGAUGUGGUCAGCUACAGCGUCGCCAUCAGCUGCUCCCAGCGUGGCCGGCACUGGCGGUUUGCGCUGCUGUUGUACGACUUGAUGGCCCUGCGGAGCGUCCGGAGGGACGUGGUGUGCGCCAACGCGGUGAUGAAUGCAUGUCAAGAAGCUGAGCAAUGGCAGCAGGUCUUGAAGUUCUUGCAGCGAAUGGGACAAGCAGUGCUUCAGCCAAACCUUCUCAGUUUCAUCUCUGCCAUCACAGCCUGCGGCCGCAGCAGCCACUGGCAACGAGCUGUUGAUCUCUUCGCCAGCGCUGACCGCGAGGUGCAGCACAGUGUGGUCAGUUUCAAUGCCACCAUCAGUUCCCUCGAGAAGGGCGGCCAAUGGCAGCAGGCAAUGCAGCUCUUCCAGUCCAUGCAGAGGCGGGGACUGCAGCCAACGCUGGUGUCCUUCAACGCCAUGAUCAGUUCCUUUGAGAAAGGGGAACGCUGGCAGCAGGGUUUGCUCCUGUUUCAUGCCAUACCUGCAACCGACCAGCCGGACAUCAUCAGCUUCAAUGCCGCAAUGAGUUGUUGCGAGAAGGGUCAGCGCUGGAGUGAAGCCUUGCAGCUCUUCCGGAUGAUGUCGCAGGUCUCCGUGCAACCAGAUGUGAUUAGCUACAGUGCAGCCAUCAGUUCUUUCGAGAAAGCUUCGGAGUGGCAGCUGGCGUUCCAAUGCUUUCGAGCUCUCUGUGACUCCAAGUUGCGACCGAACCUGAUUUGUUUCAACACAACCAUCAGCGCAUGUGAGAAAGCCGGGAGUUGGGCGGAGGCACUGGAGUUCUUGCUUGCAGAAAUGCCAAGAGCCAAGGUCUUGCCGGACAUUGUCAGCUUCAACGCAUCCUUGAGUGCAUGCGAGAAGCUGCAACAAUGGUCGCAGGUCCUGGACUUGUUUCACCUGAUGCCCUUGGUGGCUAUCCAACCCGACAUCGUGAGCUUUUGUGCUACAAUGAGUUCCUGCGAGAAAGCUUCGUUGUGGCACAAGGCUCUGGGAUUCUUUUCUGCCAUGCCGAAGGCCACCGUGCAGCCAACGACUUUGAGUCUGAAGAUCGCGGUCGCUGCCUGCGAAAGGAGUGGUCAAUGGUGGCACUUGCAUCGUCUACGACACUGA